UUGUAUUGUUAUGUGUUGGGCAAGCUUAAUGUUAAAAUGAAACUCGCUGCUUGUAUAUUUGUUAAAGUUUGCCAAAUUAUUGCAACUGUGGCAGCAACCUGUUUAAAAAAGUUAUCUGAUAAAUACUCUGAACGGUUGUUAACAAUCAACAACAAAAGAUUAUCGGAAUGGAUGCUUUUGAAUACAAUUUCAUUGACGAAGGAAACCGAUGAAUUAAGUGUCCUCACUUUUGUGGGGUAUACAUUUAUAUCAACUAUUUUACUGCUUUCCAGAAUCAAAGAAAAGGAUACCAAUUAUCACAUAACUGAGAUCAUUUUAUUGUCAUUUGGAAUAUUGUUCUUUACCUUGCAAGGGUUAUUAAUAUUUGGUGUUUUGGAACAAUUGCCGGAUGAUAUAUUAUCCUAUGGUUAUUCCCUCGGAACUGUGUCGUUUAUAUGUGCGAUUCUUUUUGCCAUAGAUCUUUUUUUCUUUCGGCGAAUGGCAGUUUCUAAAAAUGUGACGUCCCAAACCGAUUUGGAAUUUAUAGAUAAGACAACUUGGAAAAAAGUGGACAUGAGAAUAAAUACUAUUGAAAUGGAUCGAUCUGAUAAGUGUUGCUUGUCGGACGCGACAAGAAAUGGCAAAAAACUCAAAUACCUACGAACUGAUUUAUGAUAAACACUGAGAAUAGCAAGUUUCUUUAAUAAUAACCACAUGUAUCUUAAAAUUUAAAGAAAAAUGUAUACAUUUUCAAUAGAAUAAAUAUUCUUUGAUCUGAAA